AUUUUGUUGACAUGUCCAAUGCCCCACCCACUGUUACCACAGCGCGUCUUAUGCCUAAAAGGCACAAAAAUGAGGAUGCCAGCUCUGAGCAGCAGGAAAUUGCAUCCCUCAAAGCCAAGGUCCGCAGCUUGGAGAGAAAAAUCCUUAAGAUGGACCACAUGAUUGCCGAGUGCACGCAGGUUGCUCCUGUAAAGAUAAAGAAUCUCGACUUGAAUAAGAAGAUCCGUCAACAUUACAGAUACUUGGGCGAACAGGAACAGCUCUUUUGGAAUUUGGAUACUGAAUUCAAUGAAAGCACAAACCCAAAAGUUGCUAAAGCCUUGAUUGACUUUAUCAAUCAGCUUCCAGACGAGAUCCGAAAGCUUUCCUGGACGCCACGCAUGGUACGCCACAAGGUGUGCAAGCAUCACAAUCAUUUGCGUACCAAUUAUCAAGAAAAGAAGAAAGAUGCAGCGGGCUGGAAGCUGAUACAGAAGCUGAAAACCCACCGCAACAAUAAAUUCCAUGAGCGCCAUGCAGCAUUCUAUGUGGCUGGUGCAGAGGUGUCCACAUAUUUCGCCGGUGCAGAGAUGUUGUUGGUGUCUGGGUUGAUGUCUGAUGAGGAAGACAUCAUCCAGGACAACUGCAUCAUUGGCAGACGGGUGCUCCGCCC